AUGGCUACUACACUGAACACAGACCGCAUCCAGUUGGUGACUCCGCAUGUUGGUCGCAAUGUGCUACCCAACUGCCCGCUGUUCACCAAGCUCCUUCGGUUCGCUCGGCGUAAGCACCUCGCGAUAAGGGACAAUAUGCUCCAAGUCGAGAAGUCGUACGGCGAUCUCUUGGCAGAUGUCUUGGCCUACCGGGCGUACCUGGAGUCGUCGUUGAACAAAGAUGUUUUGCAGCGAAUUGAGCGCAAUGAGGAGGUUUAUGUGGGUAUAUUAGCUGCAGGUGGCUAUGAGUUUACCGUUGGUAUUCUCGCUGUCAUUGCACUCGGAGCAGCAGUCAAUCCCGUUGCAGAGGGUGCAUAUUUUGUACAGAAAGCCCAGCAAGUGGCCAUUGUGCACUCAACUUCUGCGAGCAAGCUUGCCCACUCAAUCAAGGCAUAUAUCAAUCACCGCGGCAGUAACCUCCAAUGCUUCGAUAUCCUGCCUCACCUGCCGAAGGAGUCCAACAUAACGCCCUACGACAUCAGCAUCUCUUCUACCAGAAGCCUAGAUGGAAAUGCUCCCGGGGUCGUCAUCUUCACAUCCGGUACAACGGGCAAACCGAAGGGUUCCGUAAUGCGUCGUCUAUACACGGACGAAAACGCCACCGCCGUCGGAGACGGCUACGACAUCGUCCCAACAGAUGUGGGCCUGCAUGUUCUCCCAGUGCAUCAUACAACGGGUCUGGGCACAUCUUUCUUUGCCUUCCUGAACUUCGGCGCAUGUAUCGAGUUCAAAACGGACAGUUUUGAUCCAGAAUGGAUCUGGAACCGCUUCAAAGCAGGCGGAAUCACUGUUUUCUCAGCUGUGCCGACGAUAUACAUGCGAUUACAGUGGUAUUUCGAAAAACAUAUCGCUACUCUCCCCCCAGCAGAAAAGGCAGAGUAUGUUGCCGCGGCGAGGAAGUUGCGUGCAGUGCUCUGUGGCUCGAGUGCUCUGUCGGCGUCCGUUCAGACUUUCUGGACGAAUCUUCGGCAACAACCUAUUUUGGCUCGGUAUGGGGCAUCAGAGCUCCCUGGGUGUAUAAAGGUCAGCGCGGAGCCUGAUCCUAAUCUCCCUGCCGGCUCCAUUGGCACAGUUAUUCCUGGAUUGGAAGUGAAGCUCACUGAAGGUGAUCAAGGCGAGCUUCUGGUCAAGUCGCCUUGGAUGUUCUGCAAGUAUUUGUAUGACGAUAAAGCUACGCUCGAAGCUCACGAUGAACAAGGCUACUUCAAGACAGGUGACAUCGCCCGUCGCGAGGGGCCUUACUACUUCAUUCUUGGUCGUGUAAGUGUCGAUAUCAUCAAGUCAGGCGGAUAUAAAAUCUCCGCUCUUGACAUCGAGCGUGAAAUUCUCGAGCUGCCUUAUGUAUCUGAGGCUACGGUCGUCGGCGUUGCAGAUGAAGAAUUCGGUCAACGAGUUGCAGCUGCCCUUCUCUUAAAGGGAGAGCAGCGCCCAACGGCCGGUUUCACCAUUGAUAAUCUCAGGGAGGACCUGAGGCAGAAGCUGCCAGGUUACAAGCUGCCAACGGUGCUGAGAGUUGUGGAUGCCGAACUGCCGAAAGGGCCGACGGGGAAAAUCCAGAAAAAGAUCUUGGGACCGAAGCUUUUCCCGCGGAGACAGUGGUGGUUUCGGUUUGUGCAGAAAUUAGGCCAGAGGUGA